UAAAGCCACGACUUCUAGGGCGGGGCAGGUGACCGGUGUCGCCUAUAAAGGCCGGAGAAGAGAGAGGAGAGGGGAGGUCGGAUUUUUGGUUCAAAACAGAGCAUAGAGAGAGAACCGAGAGUAAAAAAGGCGAGUUGAGUGAUUUGCAGGGGCUGAAGAGGAAGCAGCCCGUAUCGCCGGUGCCCGUAGACCAGCCGGCGACUCCCCGAAGCACCCCUGACCGUGAAGCUGCCUUGUUUGGGUCCUCGGCCGGCGACUUGUGAAAUCGAUGUCAAGCCCGAGAAGCAGGAUGUCAUCGCAGUCAUCAAGUCAACAAGCUUCCCCGGCAUCUGAAAGAAGAGACCGAGAGAGAAGGCUCCGUGAAGCAUCGCUCGACGGGUGUGUCGAGUCGUUGGCUCAUUUGCUGCAGGAAGACCGACUCAUCCUGGCUCGGACUUCGGUCACUUGCUUCGAUGAGACACCAUUGCAUGUGGCCUGCAUGCUCGGUCAUGUACACUUUGCCAAGGCUCUUUUGGCUCAUAAACAGGACUUGACUAUGGCGCUGGACUCGGAGGGACGUACGCCUCUUCACUUGGCAUCCGCGAAUGGGUACGUGGAAAUAGCGAGGGAACUGUCACAGUCAAACCCCGACGCAUGCCUUGUCCAUGAUGAAGAUGGGAGGACCCCACUUCAUCUAGCCGUGAUGAAGGGCCGAAGUGACGUCGUGAGAGAGCUGCUCAAGGCAAGACCGGAUGCAGCAACACGCAGGCUGAGCCACGGCCAAACCGUUCUCCAUCUGGGAGUGAGCCAUAAUCGUCUGGAGACUCUGAAAAUUCUGGUGGAGGUGGUGAGAGAUGGUGAUCUGGUGAAUGCUCAAGAUGACGAGGGUAAUACAAUUUUGCAUUUGGCCGCGGCAAACAAGCAAAUAGAGACCAUGAAAUAUCUUCUUCAAAGAAGUGAAGUGGAAGUGAACACACCGAAUAGAAAUGGCUUGGCUGCUCUGGAUAUAGUGGAAAAUUUUCCAAUGGAUUUCAAAGUCAUUGAACUGAGAGAAUUGUUAGUACAUGCUGGAGCUCUGAGAGCCAAAAGAUUCCCUGCAUCCACAACUCCCCAAGGAGAUGUUGAUAACACAAAUGAGAACAACUCAACUAUUGUAGUUGACCUCGAAUCUGCACCACCUCCAUCCUCCAAUACUAAUCCGGUGACGGCGGUGCCGCCACUGUCUUUCUCGGGUGAAAUCAGGAAGAAGAAGGAGAAAGACAACCAUGAGGAAUGGAUCAAGAAGAAGCGCAAUUCUCUGAUGAUAGCUGCGACGGUGAUUGCGACCGUAGCUUACCAAGCAAGCCUUAGCCCUCCCGGCGGUCUGUGGAACGAAGAUGUCCCUUACAAGGACAAAGAGGACCCCGUCGCAUACUUGGCAGGAACGUCGAUAUUGGCCGCAAACUAUCCAGAGGGUUACGAAAAGUUCUGGAUAUACAACACGGUCUCCCUUCUUGCAUCUCUUAGCACAAUCUUCUUUCUCAUAAGUGGCUUGCCCAUAACGAAGAGGAUCUUGAUGUGGAUUCUGAUGGCCACAAUGUGUGUGACCAUCACAUUCAUGGCACUCACUUACCUUGAGUCCUUGAAGGCCAUCUUGUAUCUGCAGAACCGGGAUCCUAAAGAGAUGAGACCAAUCACAACAGUGGUUGGCAACACCAUGUAUGUUUGGCUCUGUGUUUUAUUGAGUGCUUUUCUAUUUCACACCGUUCAGUUCCUCAGGAUUGUCCUCCGGAUUGUGAAAAAUCCGCAAGAGCUCAAAGAAAAGAAACCAGGGUUUCUGAGUUGGUGCAGAUCUACGAGUUAUUUCAAGAACUAGUGUAUUUAUAUUUUUUGUGGUUUCUGAGUUGGUGGGAUAGAGGAUUAUUACAUAAUUUCGAUGCCUGUGUUCUUUCAAACUUAAUCCCUACGUUACAAUGUCAUUUGAGUACCACUAGCUAUGUGAACCAUUUAAUGAGACUACCAAACUUUCCUGGA